GGAUCCAGCCUGUAUAAAGAUCUGACAUGAAACGGAUUGCAAAAUAUCUAUUAUUUUAUUGAGAUCCUUCCUGCUGUGCCAGUAUAUAUGCCUUGUACCCUUUAGGAGACCUACCAAGAACUGCUCUGUACUCCAACAUAGGGGUGCUGAUGCAAUCAUACACAGUGCAAUCAUCAGCACCGGUCCUUAUAUACCCAGUCAGACACAGCCCUGCAUUCAUCAGCUACUCAAUGGAUUAAAUCAUGCACUCCACCUUCAAUGAAAUAUUGUUAUUAUGAUGGACUGAAGCAACUUGUACAUACUUAACUCAGCAGCAAGUGCCCAAGAAUGACCACCCUCUCCGAGUUAAAGGAAAUCUUCCGCAGUGCAGAUGCAGUGUGCUUCGAUGUUGACAGCACGGUCAUCAAAGAGGAAGGCAUCGAUGAGCUGGCAAAGUUCUGUGGAGUGGGUGAUGCUGUUGCCGAAAUGACACGCAGAGCAAUGGGAGGGUCUCUGACAUUUAGAGCAGCCCUUACAGAAAGACUUGCAUUAAUCCGGCCCUCGAGGGAACAGGUUCAGGCUCUGAUAACAGAACAUCCUCCGAGGCUCACAGAGGGUAUACGGGAACUUGUUGGUAAGCUGCAUCAGAGAAAUGUCCAGGUGUUCCUCAUAUCAGGUGGAUUUCAGAGUAUUGUGGAGCACGUGGCUACAAGAUUGGAUAUACCUUUGGGAAAUGUUUAUGCAAACCGACUCAAGUUCUACUUUAAUGGAGAGUAUGCAGGAUUUGAUGAGUCUCAACUAACGGCAGAGUCUGGUGGGAAAGGAAAAGUCAUUGGUUUACUAAGGGAAAAGUUUGGAUUAAAAAAAAUAGUGAUGAUUGGUGAUGGUGCUACUGACAUGGAAGCUUGUCCCCCAGCAGAUGGAUUCAUCGGGUUUGGAGGCAACGUGACAAGACAGCAGGUGAAGGAGAAAGCCAAGUGGUAUAUUACAGACUUCGAGGAGCUGUUGAGAGAACUAGACAGCGACAGUAUCAAAAUGAAUCACAAUGAUAUAUUUUACUAGUAUUAUUACAGGCAUUAGUUACAUUUGUCUUGUCUUCUUCGGAUAUCUGGUCUAGAUCACCUCCCUUUCCACUUUUUUUUAAAUUCAGUGUAGAACACAAAGGUGCUUAUAUAAUUGUGUCCUUUUAUAUUUCCAGUAGUUUUUGAACAAAUAGAAAGGCUAUACUAUUCUCCUAUUCCUAGGCUUAACAAAUUACUCACUAAUUAUAUUAGAGUCUUUAGACUAAUUUACCUAUUAUAUAUUUUCUCUCUCAUGAUCUAAGUUGGACUAUAUUUUUAUUAUAAUAUUACACCUGCAGAAGUAGUUUCACUCCAAAUGCAACACUCUCCAUUAACUCUUUGCUCUAUAAGAAAGUCAGAAUACCAUGAGAAUUGGUCCUUCCUUAAGUGUCUUUGGGUUUUAUUUACCCUUGCUCUGCGGAGGUGGUCAUCUUUGAGUCAUUUUUUGAUCAUAAACACUGCUUCUCUAUUAAGGUCAUGCACAAUAUAAAGAAAGGUCUUAAACUGUCCCAGCAUGCAUUUUUUUUUUUUAGACGCUUGAGCAAGAUGUUCAGAUUCAUGAACUUGCACUGGUUCUUGAUAUCCUGCAUGGUCUUUGAACCGUGCAGUUAAUGUUUGGAGCAACAUUUCCAGCUAAAGAGAACCUAAAGAUGGCCUCCUCCGUUGAGCAAGGAUUAGCUUAAAAGUAUCCAGUAUAAAAUAAUGUAUACUGGGCCCAUAUUCAAGGUAAUACUUUAUUUUUAAUACUUUUUAAAAAAUAAGAAAUCCUGAGCUCUGAAAAACUGAAUGCACAUUUUGCAUUGUAUUUAACAUGCAUUCAUUCUUAGUCAUUUUGGUUUACUUAGCUCUAGUGGUGUGUGCAAGAACCUAAAGCACUUUUAUUUGUGUUGUUUGAGAAUUGGGUGUAUGUAAUAGACUGUAUCACUUUUCACAUUGUUUUAAGCAGAUGCUAUUAAGUUGACAUACUUAUGUUAAAUGUUUUCCAUAUCUCCA